AUGAGGAUAUUUAAUGCUAAUUUAAUUCUGGUCGCCUCCGUGGUGGCACUGGAGCAAACGCCUCUUCGGCUUCAGGAUGGCAGUGGUGGGAAUCUCCCCGACAUCAUCCGGCACAAUGACACCCACGGCCGUCCGAACAUUGUUUUUAUUUUAGUGGACGAUCAAGACUUGCAGAUGGACUCAUUGUCCUACACACCACAUACGAACCACUACAUCAGAAACCAGGGAGUCUUCUAUAGGAACCAUUUCGUCACAACAGCGUUGUGUUGUCCGUCCCGUGUGAGCCUGUGGACCGGAAAACAGGCGCAUAAUACCAACGUCACGGAAAUCUAUCCACCAUAUGGAGGAUAUCCGAAAUUCGUCUCAGAAGGCCACAACGAAAACUGGCUGCCGCUGUGGCUCCAAAACGCCGGCUACAACACCUACUACAGUGGCAAGCUCUUCAACGCGCACACGGUGGAUAACUACAACUUGCCAUUCGCCAAAGGCUUCAAUGGUUCCGACUUUGUUCUGGACCCCUACACUUACCAGUAUCUCAACCCGGUCUAUCAACGAAAUUAUGACCCGCCCGUUUCCUACUCCAGACAACACACUAUCGACGUCCUGAGGAAGAAGGCACUGGGCUUACUCGAUGACGCUGUCGCAGAGAGUCAUGAAAGACCCUUUUUUCUCACCAUUGCGCCAAUUGCGCCGCAUUCGAACUUUGAAAUGACCAAUGCGAGCGACUACACGACGUUUCGAUUCUCGGCGCCGAUCCCUUUGGAACGGCACAAAGACUUAUUCCCCGAAGCGAGGGUGCCGCGGACGGAGCAUUUCAAUCCUGAUACGCCCAGCGGAGUCAACUGGAUCAGUACUCUCCCCAAACAAAACCAAAGCAGUAUUGAUUCCAACGACGAGUUCUAUCGCGCCCGUUUACGCGCACUUCAAGGAGUCGAUGAGAUUGUCGAACGGGUCGUCCAGCGUCUCGAAGAUGCAGGCAUCCUCGACAAUACGUAUAUCUUCUACACGUCCGACAAUGGCUAUCACAUCGGCCAGCACCGAUUGCAUCCCGGGAAGGAAUGUGGCUUUGAGGAGGAUAUUCGUGUACCGAUGUUUAUUCGUGGACCUGGUAUCCCGGUUGGUGAGGAGGUCGACGUUGUGACAACGCAUAUCGAUCUAGCACCUACUAUCUUUGAGAUAGCUGGAUUGGACCUCAAGGAAGAAUUUGACGGUACUCCCGUACCUCUGACAGCAAGGGAAAUGGAAGAGGAGCAAUCAUCGAAGAGUCGCCAUGAGCAUGUGAACGUGGAAUACUGGGGCAAAGCCGGGUUUGAAGGCGAGAUGAGUCGAGCUCCCGACGGCGGGCCAAUUGCCUUCCGGAACAACACCUACAAGGCUCUCAGGGUCUUAGGGGAGGGAUAUAAUCUCUAUUACUCCGUAUGGUGUACGAAUGAACACGAACUGUACGAUUUAACAGCCGAUCCUUAUGAACGCAAUAAUCUUCAUCCAUCUGUUUCCAGGAGCAGCGGGCAUGAAUUACUGGGAUAUCCCAUUGAAAAGGUCAUCUCCCGCUUAGAUGCACUACUGCUUGUUCUGAAAUCCUGCAAGGGGUCUGCCUGUGUGAAGCCAUGGAAAGUCCUUCACCCAGCUGGGGACGUUCACACCCUGAAUGAUGCUCUGGGUGAUGCCUUUGACGUGUUCUAUGACGAGCAGGUUAAGGUUGAGUAUGGAUGGUGCGAGGAGGGUUAUAUCUUGGAUGCCGAAGGACCGCAGAUCCCUUCCAUAUAUCAGGGGACUCGGUGGAGUGAUUGGUGGUGA